AUGGUGCGUGAGAACAUACACUUUUCUUCAUACGUUGACCACCGUGAGACGAUAGCAUUUGGAGAGCUCGCACUGUUUAUGGGUUGGUUGGCUUGCGGGAUUGGCAAGAUGACAACCUAUAUUCAUGAGCGAGUGAUGCGUCAAUUCGGGUUCAUCCAGACUAUUCCACGAGAUCCUGUUGUAUCUGCUCCUACGACGGUGAAACGAAGGGAUAUAGAUGCUUUGUUUGAUAAUUUUGAGAAUCAUUUUGUUCCUGAAGAGGCCAGAAGUACCGUAGCACGAGACGGUUGGAGCUACGAGUACGGUUACAUGAUAUGGUUCUUAUGUUUGUCCCAUCCAUACAUGAUACAGGAUACUCCAAGGAACCCACUGAGGCCAGUUCAUCAAGAGAUCCUAUAG